AAAACAAAGAAAAAGAAGAGCGAGGCUGUGGAAACAACAGUUGGGGCGAGCCCUGGUAUUUGUGGCUCAAGUCAUGCGUUCGAUAGUUCGUACACAUAAAUCUUGUCUAUUAAAAAAUGUGAACUUUUGAAUCCUUACGACCAAGGCGCUCCUACGGUUAUAGGUAUGGGCCGUGUUCAUCCUAGUCCUGAGAGGAUUAUUCAUAACGGCCCAAUGAUAGACGGUUUCGUUAAAGUUCAAAUAGAUAGAGUUGUUGAAGGUUGCGAAGAGAUCCGUCUUUUGCCUGAGUCAUGUAUUCCCGGCGCCGUAGAAUUUUUGGAAGACGCAAAAGGAAGUUUUAUUCAGUGGCCCGCAAAAUCAAUAAAGAUUUUAAACAAAGGUGUUUCCCAAAUUGUAGAACCGUCCCACCAUUCUAUGAGUACACUUUAUAGGCCACAGUUUGAUGCAACAUCUGCUCACCAACAACAAACGAUCCCAAAUGAAAGAAACCAGUAUCAAAUUUACUCGAAUGCAUUACAAGACGAGGAUGCUUUUAAUCAGCUGUUCGCUGAUAAGCAGUUUUCUCAGAAUACAACAGAGCAUGUUUCUUUUUCUAAACCUGAUGAGCCCGUUCGUGCUUGUAAACGUACUGAGCCUGUUGUUGCAUCUAACCCUUUAAAAGAAAAAACAAAAGUAUCAAAAGAAAAAACAAAAGUGUUAAAUCUUUUAGAAAAGGCGAGGGCAAGGCCUCAAAGCAUAUAUGAAUUAGCGCAACAACUGGCGAUUCAAUCUGAUAAAGCCUUGUCUAUAGUUUUUACUUCGCCGACAGGGAUGUAUGAGGAACGUAUUGAAGAGACAGUUGAAUUUGAGGCAGUUAUACAGUUAUGUGUCAACGACUGGAUAGAUGCUUGCUUUGUGCAUUGGUUUACAAUGUACUUAUAUGCAACUCGGGGACAAGAGGGUUUAAAUAAUACCGCAUACUUUCAUCCCCGUUAUAUUGAGGGUGGUCUUGUCUCAGACGAUGUUGAAUUUGUGAUCGACCACAUCAGAAAUGUCAUCUCGUUUCAUAAGGACAAACAAUGGUUUAUGGCACCGCAUAUAGCCGGCAAACAUUGGAUAUUGGUUGUACUUCAACAUCAUCCUAUAUAUAAUACUUGGAUGGGUUACCUCUUUGAUUCAAACAAAAGUUUAAAGAAGCCUCCAGAUUACAGGAUUACACAUGUAUUUGAAAAGGCCAUAAAAGAGAAAAUAACUUGGGAUAAGAUUGAUUGUCGUCUACAACCUAACGGAUGGGAGUGCGGUUAUUGUGUCAUGAUGGCCAUGUAUGAUUUUGUGAUUUGCAACAGAGAACACAUGCUGGUAAAUAAAACUAGAAUGGUUCGUCAAAGUGAAAUUAACGAAUUUGUAGAGCGUACUUUAAAGGUGUUCAUAUCGUCUUUUCGUCAUGGCGAGGAGCAUGAAUGAAGUGUCAAAGGAAUUCUAGCUAGCCGGUGGUCGAGGGGGCUUGUGGUUAUCUUGGAUGAUAAAAGGAUAGAAGUAACUCUAAGGAGGUUUUUGAUGCUGGUUUCUGUUUUUCUUAAACUGAAUAUGCUUGGAUGUUUUUUUUACUAUGUUUAAAUGAUUACUUUAGACAAUGGGUCAAAAUGGAUGAUUCGGCUA